AUGUGGUCCCCGGCGGGAGCGUGCGUGGCGCCGCACCUGCGUUGCCUGCGCUGGGUGGGGUUCUGCCGCCUGUCCCCCGGCACGCCUCGCUACCAGCAGGCCGCGCACUACCUCUACCGUCUCUUCGCCCUCGCCUCCUGCUCCGUCUACCUGGCACAGGAGUGCGUCUAUGCAUAUCAGGAACGCGCGGAUAUGGAGAAGCUGUCGCGCGUGAUGUUCCUGCUGCUGUGUCACGUGACGUCUCUCGCUAAGCAGCUGGUGUUCCACACGGAUGCGCACCGUAUCGACACACUGGUCGCCGAGUUCGAUGCGGCGGUGUUCAACGCGGCGGAGGCGGCGGCGGCGCUGGCGCGCACGGCUCGCGCGGCGCGGUGGCUGCAGCGGCUGUACUCGGGCACUGCCGUGGUCACGUGCACGCUGUGGCUCGUGUUCCCGGUGGCGCGCUACGCCCGCGGGCUGCCCGUCGACUUCCCUUUCUGGCUGCCAGCGCCGCCGGACCACGUCGCCGCGUUCUGUGCGGUUCUGGUGUACUCGUACUACGUGACGACUCUGGUGGGCAUCGCCAACACCACCAUGGACGCCUUUGUCGGCACCGUGCUCUACCAGUGCACCACGCAGCUCACUGUACUGCAGAAAAAUCUGGAGACUCUCUCCGACAGAACUGACGAAGUCCGGCAACAGACCGGCGAGGACUUUGAAUCUGUUUUUCUAAAACUGUUUUACGAAUGUCUCUCUCAUUAUAAUAAAAUAUGCGAGAUAGCGAGUUUACUGCAGGAUAUUUUUGGUACAGCGAUCCUGUUCCAGUUCGCGAUCGGCGGGUGGAUCCUGUGCAUGGCGGCGUACAAGCUGGUCAGCCUCAACGUCCUGAGCGUGGAGUUCGUCUCCAUGAACCUGUUCGUGGUGUGCAUCCUCACCGAGCUGUUCCUCUACUGCUACUACGGCAACGAGCUCACCUACGAGAGCCAGCGGCUGCAGGCGGCGCUGUACGCGUGCGGCUGGGAGCGCAGCGCGGGCGGGCGGCGGGCGCGGCGCGGGCUGCUGCUGGCCCGCGAGCGCGCGCAGCGCCCGCUGCGGGCCGCCGCCUGGAUCGUGCCGCUCUCGCUCGACACCUUCCUCAAGAUCAUAAAGUCGUCGUAUACCUUCUACGCUGUGCUGCGACAGACCAAGUGA